AGAGGACCGACAUCAUAAAACCAGAGCAGCUAGAAAUGCGGGGAGAAUUCAACAUUAGUAAUGUCGUAAAUGGGUUUUUAAUCGAAAGAGCUUCGUGGGUUUAAUUUCAUGCGUUACUCUUUCACACAUUCUUGAUUCUUGAUUCGAGAUUCGAUCGUUUCUUCUUCUCCUUAAAUCUUUGCCAGUUGUUCGAUUAGGGUUCUGUAGAAAUCGGCUGUGGCUUUGCGGUUAACAGACGAGUAAUGGCGGGUCGGAAGAAGGAUGUGAUUCGUCUCGAGCGCGAAUCUGUCAUCCCUAUCCUCAAACCUAAGCUCAUCAUGACCUUGGCCAAUCUCAUCGAACAUAGCAGUGACAGACAAGAGUUCCUCAAGCUUUCCAAGAGGAUUGAGUACACUGUCCGAGCUUGGUAUCUUCUACAGUUUGAAGACCUAAUGCAACUGUACUCUCUAUUCGAUCCAGUUCAUGGCGCUCAGAAACUGCAGCAGCAAAACCUAACUCCUGGGGAAAUCGAUAUUCUUGAACAGAAUUUCUUAACUUACUUGUUUCAGGUAAUGGAUAAGAGCAACUUCAAAAUAACGACAGAUGAUGAGAUCGAUGUUGCACACUCGGGCCAGUAUCUUUUGAAUCUACCCAUUACAGUUGACGAAUCAAAGCUUGAUAAGAAGCUGAUGAAAAGGUAUUUUGAGGAGCAUCCACAUGAGGAUCUUCCAGAUUUUUCUGAUAAGUAUGUCAUUUUCCGGCGUGGUAUCGGGAUGGAUAGGACAACAGAUUUCUUUUUCAUGGAAAAAUUGGAUGUGAUCAUUUCACGAUUUUGGUCCUACCUUCUGAGAAUAACUAGGUUGGAGAAACUAUUUACAAAAAGGUCUAGCAGACGUCGUAAGAAAGAUCCCAAGAAAGAUGAUGAGACAGACCCUGAAGGAGACAAUGAUGACUUGUAUGUGGAGCGUAUUCGCCUUGAGAAUAUGGAACUGAGCUUCAAGAACUUCUUGAGCAAGGUCACAAUCCAAGAACCUACUUUCGACAGAAUGAUUGUUGUUUACAGACGAGCUGGUACUAAAACGAAUCAAGAACGAGGAAUUUAUGUUAAGCAUUUCAAAAACAUUCCUAUGGCUGACAUGGAGAUUGUGCUUCCUGAGAAAAGAAAUCCUGGACUGACUCCAAUGGAUUGGGUCAAAUUUCUCAUAUCUGCUGUAGUUGGUCUGGUUGCCCUGGUUACUUCAAUUGAGAUGCCUAAGGCAGAUAUGUGGGUAAUUAUCGCCAUUCUCUCAACAGUGGUUGGAUAUUGUGCCAAGACGUACUUCACGUUCCAGCAAAACAUGGCUACAUACCAGAAUUUAAUUACACAAUCAAUGUAUGAUAAACAACUUGACAGCGGGAGGGGUACACUUCUACACCUGUGUGACGAUGUAAUACAACAAGAAGUUAAAGAAGUGAUCGUCUCGUUCUACAUACUGAUGGAGCAGGGAAAAGCUACAUUGGAGGAUCUGGAUCUGAGGUGUGAGGAACUAAUCAGGGAAGAGUUUGCCGAGAGAUGUGAUUUUGAUGUGGAUGAUGCAGUUCAGAAGCUAGAGAAGCUGGGAAUUGUUGCCCGGGACACGAUUGGACGGUAUUACUGUGUAGGGCUUAAGCGGGCGAACGAGAUCAUAGGAACCACAACGGAGGAGCUUGUGCUGAAGGCCAGACAGGGAGUAAGCUAAGCCCUUCUUGGUGAUUCCUCUGCUCGUGAGAUUUCUACUUUUUUGGCUAAUAAUUUCUUUAAAGUGAAGGGUGGGUAGUGUUUUGGCAAUGUUCCCUUGGCGAUCAAACUCUUGCUGCUUUGUCGGAUGCUUUUCUGCGUUUCUCUCCGAUUACCGUUAAAACAAAAAUAACGUCCUCCUGCAUUUGAUUAUCGCAAAGAAAAUAAAAGAGAAUAUUUGUAUUGUAUA